GGGGCUUAACCGUACCUUUUCAAGGGGCUUCACGGUACUGCGCUGUUGCCCUUUGUCAUGACAUCAAUCAUCCCAGGCUCCUCUUUUUCCAUUCUUCCUGAGCCAGUUCGAAUGAGCCCCUUUCUUCCCUGACCACCCUCUUCGACACCAUGGAGGAAGACAACCCUGGACUGAGAGCCGCUUUGCAGCGCCUCGAUCAGGAACUGGAGGAUGGUGAUAUCACGCAGAAGGGGUAAGCUCGUUUCUCACUGUGUUCGAUCCAUUCGCGCUGGUCAAGAAUAACCCCGCGGAGCCGGGAGUGACUUGGAAACGGUCCUCGCACGCGAAAAAUGGCCCCUAUAUUGACAGGUACCCUUUGCGCUAACGCUUAUCAAGAUACGAGAAACGCCGUACGUUUCUCUUUUCUCAGUUCCAGGGAUCGGGAUUGAGCGAGACUUUGGGCCCAAAUACCGCACCGCCAGCCAUCCUCAGCGUCCGCCCGCCGACCGGAGAUUCUUUAAAGAGAGAUCCAUCGUUAUCUGGAUUUGCAGGGAGGGAGCAGGGAAAUGGAUCAUUUGGAUAUAAUCGACCCGUUGGUGCAGGUAAUCAGAAUGGGACACCCUAUUAUGACAGAAGAACGGGCUCGAUGCUGCAGCCGAUGGACCACCGGACAUCGGCGACCUCAUACGACUCUCUUUUUCUUCCGAGAACUCAACCGAAUCCAGAAGAUCCAAGGACAGCAACUUUGACGAGUCAGGACUAUGCAUUCAAUCCUGCUUAUGGGGACUACCCAGAUGAGUCCGCGGGAGGCUACGAUGCGCUGGCUGGUAACGUUUCACGACAGUCGACAAUGCUCGAUUUGCAGCAGGGCUACUUCUCAGACUUUGCCGGGCAACAGAACGAAGACUACAGAGAUAGCUAUGGUGGCGGGUUCCACCACCGUUAUUCUCAAUCGGAUACCUUCUCCCCUACUGCGAAUAUGGCUCCGCCACUGUUUCCUGCUCCCGAAAACCCCAAUCUGCCGGCAAGCGAUUGUCUGCUCCCCUUGGAGCCUCGGGACAUCCCGUUUGCAGUUAGCGACCCGCAUGACAAAAACACGCCCAUGUCUAAAUUUGACAACCUUCCAAUGGUUCUUCGUCACCGCGCUCGAAUUCAUGCAAAGCAGCCUGCCUAUUGGGUUUUGGACCAAAAAGGAAAGGAAAUUGCUUCUAUUACUUGGGAAAAGCUCGCCAGUCGUGCGGAAAAGGUUGCACAGGUUAUCCGUGACAAAAGCAACCUCUAUCGUGGAGACCGCGUGGCUUUGAUCUACAGAGACGAAGAAAUUAUUGAGUUCGCGGUUGCCUUUCUGGGAUGCUUAAUUGCAGGGGUUGUUGCUGUCCCCAUAAACAGCUUAGAAAAUUAUCAGGUUCUCAAUUUAAUCCUCACCUCCACACAAGCUCAUCUUGCAUUGACUACGGAGAACAAUCUCAAGAACUUCCAGAGGGACAUUACUACUCAGAAGUUGAAUUGGCCGAGAGGAGUGGAAUGGUGGAAGACCAAUGAAUUUGGGAGCUAUCAUCCAAAGAAGAAGAAUGAAACCCCGCCUCUUCUUGUCCCGGAUUUGGCUUACAUUGAGUUCUCAAGGGCUCCUACUGGUGAUCUGCGUGGUGUAGUCAUGAGCCACCGGACAAUCAUGCAUCAAAUGGCUUGUCUCAGCGCGAUAAUUGCCACUGUUCCAGCCAAUACAGACAACGGGAGCCAACAGGAGUCCAGGAUCCUUGGUGGGAAAGGUCGUGGUGAAAUCCUCAUAAGCAUCCUAGACCCUAGGCAAGGCAUCGGCAUGAUAUUGGGCAUUCUUCUUACUGUUUACGGCGGCCAUACAACUGUUUGGAUGGAUGAUAAAACGGUCGAAACCCCCGGUCUUUACGCCCACCUCAUCACAAAAUACAGGGCUACUCUUAUGGCUGCACACUACCCUGGUCUCAAGAUUGCUGCCUACAACUACCAGCAGGAUCCGAUGGCUACGAGAAAUUUCAAGAAGAACUCUGAGCCCAAUUUCAGCAGCGUUAAACUGUGUCUUAUAGAUACCCUUACAGUUGACGCUGAAUUCCAUGAAAUUUUGGCGGAUAGAUGGUUGAGGCCAAUGAGAAAUCCGAGAGCGAGAGAGAUCGUUGCUCCUAUGUUAUGCCUGUCUGAGCACGGCGGUAUGGUGAUAAGUGUGCGGGAUUGGCUAGGUGGUGAGGAGCGUAUGGGAUGUCCCUUGACCCAUGAGAUGGAUCCUGCUUCACGUCCUGAAGCCAAGAAGGAGGAGGUGAAAUCCGGGAAAUCGGAAAACAACAGUGGUUUCGGGAGCAGUUUGUUAAGCGGCGGGGCUCCAGUCCGAACUCACGACGACGAAUCCAAAAAUGAGCUUGGCGAGGUACUUCUCGACAAGGAAGCCUUGAAGAGCAAUGAGGUCGUGGUUUUGGCGAUGGGCGAAGAAGCGAGGAAAUAUGCCGGAAGUAUGCCAAAUGCAGUGCGGGUAGGCUCAUUUGGGUAUCCUCUCCCUGACGCGACGCUAGCUGUCGUCGACCCCGAGACGAAUUUACUAUGCAAUCCAAAUGUCAUCGGUGAGAUAUGGGUCGAUUCGCCGUCUCUUUCUGGUGGCUUCUGGGCACUACCAAAAUACACGCAGACCAUAUUCCAUGCACGGCCGUACAAAUUUGAAGACGGGAGCCCGACACCUAUCCUAUUAGAGCCUGAAUUUCUUCGAACCGGCCUCCUUGGCUGCGUCAUCGAGGGCAAAGUCUUUGUGCUCGGUCUUUAUGAAGACAGGAUCCGACAGAAAGUGGAAUGGGUCGAGCAUGGACAGGAAAUUGCUGAGCAUCGUUAUUUCUUCGUCCAGCAUUUGAUCGUCACUCUGCUGAAGAAGGUGCCGAAGAUCCAUGACUGUACUGCCUUUGAUGUCUACGUCAAUCAAGAGCAUCUUCCGGUUAUCGUGCUCGAGUCGUAUGCUGCCUCAACAGCGCCUACGACAUCAGGAGGACCUCCACGACAACUAGACUCCGUCCUUCUCGAGUCUUUGGCAGAAAGGUGCAUGGACCUUCUAUAUCAAGAAUAUCACCUGCGGGUCUACUGUGUUCUAAUUACCGCUCCAAACACUCUCCCUCGAGUCACUAAGAACGGAAGGCGAGAGAUUGGUAAUAUGCUUUGCCGUAAGGAGUUUGACGCUGGCACACUGCCUUGCGUACAUGUGAAGUUUGGAGUGGAACAAGCAGUCAUGAACCUUCCAGUAGGGAUUGAUCCAGUUGGAGGAAUCUGGUCUCCCGUCGCAAGCGCUGAAAGACAAGAGUUGCUGGCCCUGCAAGAAAAACAGUAUUCUGGUGUGGACUAUCGUGACGUUGUGAUGGAUGAUCGGACAUCUACACCGCUGAACAACUUCAAGUCGAUCGUGGACCUUCUUCAAUGGCGAGUAUCCCGACAAGCGGAGGAACUGGCAUAUUGCUCCAUUGACGGCCGUGCCAAGGAGGGGAAGGGUAUUACUUGGAAGAAGUUUGACUUGAAGGUUGCUGCUGUGGCAACUUACCUGAAGAACAAAGUGAAGGCCCGUCCCGGUGACCAUCUGGCCCUGAUGUAUACUCAUUCUGAAGAAUACGUCUACGCCGUACAUGCGUGCUUCUGUCUGGGCCUCGUAGCUAUUCCCAUGGCGCCAAUCGACCAAAAUCGCCUUUCGGAAGAUGCUCCUGCUUUUCUCCAUGUCAUAAAUGACUUCAGCGUGAAGGCGAUCAUUGUCAACAGUGAUGUCGACCAUUUAUUAAGGCAGAAGAUCAUCUCCCAACAUAUUAAGCAGUCUGCCCAUGUGCUUCGUAUAUCUGUGCCGGCCAUCUACAACACGACUAAGCCGUCUAGGCAAUCCCACGGCUGUCGCGAUCUCGGUUACACGGUGAAAGAUACCUGGCUUAAUUCUGAUCGGCCAGCUAUGGUUUGGACAUACUGGACUCCCGAUCAGCGAAGGAUAUCUGUUCAGAUUGGCCAUGACACUAUUAUGGGCAUGUGCAAAGUACAGAGAGAAACUUGUCAAAUGACCAGCGCAAGACCAAUCCUCGGUAGUGUUCGUAGCACUGUGGGUCUCGGAUUCCUUCAUACCUGCCUGAUGGGAAUUUACGUUGGAGCACCAACUUACCUAGUGUCUCCGGUCGAUUUUGCACAAAAUCCCAUGUCGCUAUUUCUUUCGCUUUCCAGGUAUAAGAUUAAGGAUACCUAUGCUACGAGCCAGAUGUUGGACUAUGCCAUGAGUGCCCUACCUGCCAAAGGAUUCCAACUCCAGGAGCUGAAGAACUUGAUGAUUUCGGCGGAGAACCGACCAAGGGUCGAUCUUUAUCAGAAACUACGCCUUCAUUUUGCCUCUGCUGGCCUAGAUCGAACAGCAAUCAACGUUGUUUACUCCCAUGUCCUUAAUCCUAUGAUUGUUACAAGAUCGUACAUGUGCAUCGAACCGGUAGAGCUCUGGCUUGAUAUUCAGGCCCUUCGCCGAGGCCUCAUCUUCCCCGUUGAUCCAGAUACCCAUUCCAACACGCUACUCCUUCAGGAUUCAGGAAUGGUUCCAGUCAACACCCAAAUUGCGAUUGUGAAUCCUGAGAGCUGCUUGCUGUGUCGAGCAGGAGAAUAUGGCGAGAUUUGGAUUCAGUCAGACGCCUGUGCUAAAGCUUUUUAUGGCUCAAAACAGGAAUUUGACAUUGAGAGGUUCAAUGGCAGGAUUGUGGAUGCCGAUCCCAAUGUCGCCUAUGUCCGCACCGGGGAUCUAGGUUUCCUUCACACAGUUACUAGACCUAUCGGCCCGGCAGGCCAACCUGUUGAGAUGCAAAUGCUUUUUGUCCUUGGGGGUAUUGGUGAAACGUUCGAGGUUAACGGGUUGAAUCAUUUCCCUAUUGACAUCGAACGCUCUGUGGAAACGUGUCAUCGUAACAUCGUAAACGGAGGAUGGUAAGUCGCAUAAAAACUCAUUCGCAGGUAUUUGUAAGAGCCUUUGCUGAUUGAAGUUCUGCUGCAGCGCUGUUUUCCAAGCAGGCGGUAUGAUAGUCGUUGUGGUAGAAGUUACAAGGAAGUCAUAUUUGGCCUCCCUCGUUCCAGUCAUCGUUGAUGCUAUCUUAAACGGGCAUCAAGUAGUCGCUGACAUAGUGGCGUUCGUUUCCCGUGGUGAUUUUCCACGGUCUCGUCUAGGUGAGAAACAGCGUGGGAAGAUAUUGGCUUCGUGGGUGACUCGAAAGCUGCGAACAAUCGCGCAGUUCAGCAUUCGUGAUCCCGAUAGGACGAUAAACCAACUUGCGGGCAUUCCCCGGCAUCGGUCUAGUAGGGCCUCGAAGCCAGGAAGUACAAUGGCUAAUAGCACCCGACGCAACACUCUUGCGCAAGAAAACGAUCCUCGAUCUCCAGUACCAGCAUCGAUACUUCAAGAAAAAUUCGACGAAGCUCACGGCGCCAUUCAGGGACAAAUUCCUCCUAGCGAGUUUAACCAGCCUGCCCCAUACUAUGAUCCUGCCCCAAGAGUAGCGGAGAUACCGCAGCGGCAAGAUUCCUUAAAUCAUCAUCCGCCGCUGGAUCACCACUCCGUGUCUAAUCUGAGUCUCCGAUUCAGCAGCGACAGUCCGAGCUCAGAGAUGAAAACACCAUCUUCCGUGAGCGAGAUCCCCCCUCAGGUGACCCCACGACUAGAUUCUCUUCCCAGUCGACAACCAUCAAGCAGCGGAUCCUGGAGAGAGCCAUCUGCAACUCACACCAUGACGUCGCGGUCCAGCAUACAAGGGGAAACCAUAGAAGAAUGGCCGCACGACGCACAACAGUAUCAAUCACAGCCGUAUCUGAGAUUAGACGGUUCAUACGGUCAGGGAGGUGUCCACCGGACUCCAAGCAGCCACAGUGAAGCUGUAAGGCGAUAUGACGGGAGUGGUUACGGUUAUGACUUUUAAAAAGGGAUGGAUAAUUUUUUUUUUUGGCUCAUGUUGUCUCUUUGACCAUUCAGGCCCUGCCGUCCAUCCAGCCAUCCUAUACCAUUGAUACAUAUGUUUGCAUUGGCAUGAGCGUUUAGUGAUAUGCCUGGUUGGAUUGAUUUUGAUUUCUCUUUCGAUCUCUUCUUGAAGAAAGCAUGGUACAUGUGAGUGUAUAUUUCCUAUUGAUGAUAUCAGAUGGGUUGUUUCCUUCUAUUCAUUUGUCUCUUAUUAUUGUCAUGAAUGAAGGCAAUACUUUUCUUUUCUUUUUUGACUGUUUAUUUAUUUUCUAGAUGAUGCUUGUCAUGUCCAUGAUGAAUGCCAUAUAAUUAACCAAAGCAUCUUACACUAUAUAUACAUGUAUGUAGAAUGUACUUGGGUGCUUCUUACUUUCUUAAGACUUGCAUGAGACCUUUUAAGUGGUUACGUUCUGUCUCGACAGCAUGCUGUUCUCACAGAUAAGAAUAUGAGUGAAUUCCCAU